AUGCGCGCACCUACUGCUUUGCGCCGUCAACAACACCAGACGACCACACAACAAUUCGAGUUCGCGAUCGAGACCACCAGACAAAUCUCCAACAUGUCCGUCACAUUACAUACGAAUCUCGGCGACCUGAAGAUCGAAGUCUUCUGCGAGAGCGUACCAAAAACAGCAGAGAACUUCCUCGCCCUCUGCGCAUCACACUACUACGACGCCUCCCCCUUCCACCGCCUCAUCCCAAAAUUCAUGGCCCAGACCGGCGGGCCGGCUCACCCGUCGCCCCCGGACAACCCAAAGGGCGGCCGCUCCAUCUGGGGCGGCGUCUUCGAGGACGAGAUCCGGCCGGCCCUCAAGCACGGCGCGCGCGGCGUCGUGUCCAUGGCCAACAAGGGGCCCGGCACGAACGGCUCGCAGUUUUUUGUCCUGUUUGACAAGGCGCCGCACCUGGACGGGCUCAACACCGUCUUUGGGCGCAUCAUCGGGGACGAUAGCACCGUCACGCUGGGCAAGAUUGAGGCGGUCGAGGUGGAUCGGAAGAACCGGCCCAAGGAGCCGGUCGUGAUUGAGAGGGUUACUGUCCAUGCGAAUCCGCUUGCUGGGUGA